AUGGAUAUGCUGCGCAUUGUCGAUGAUGAGCCACUUGCGGCAACUGCAGAUGGCAGCUCACAGGGCGCCGAUCUGAGCUCGGACCUCGGCCCGGAAGCCGCCGAGGCGCUUUCCUCUGAAGCAUUCCAAAAGCUGCUCCAGGAGGUACAGGCCUCAACCUCCUCUGAACAGCAAGCCUCCAAAGACUUUGCUCUCGUCUCCCCCGAACCAGGCUUUUGCGUCAAAACAGACAUGGAGCAUGGUGGCAAGGUCUUUAUCAACGUUUGCCAUUCAGCCCAGGUGCCGAGUCCACCGUCCGUCUCUGACGAAGAGAUCAGCAUGGCCAUUGCCAACCUCGACAACUCGAAAUUUAGCAUCCCCAUGUCGGCAGGCGGCGAACACAUUGAGGUGGACAAUGCGGGAAAACCAUGCAGUGUCUAUGAUGUGAUUAUCAACUCGGACGUACUGACUCAGCUUGAAAACCGACUGGGCAUGCGUGACUUCUUGCUUGAGCUAGUUCUUUCGCUACUUGAAGCCAAACACGGCCUUUCCCUUAAUCGCGAGUACAAGUUGAUGAAGCGUCGCAAGAACAUGGGCUCGCUCCAACCGCAGUAUUGCCGCGUUAAAAAGCGCAAGGUGGCUGAAGUUGGGCGGCCCAUGAAGCUCAUGGAAGAGCUCGAAGCCGAAGCCGAGGCCGGCAGCGAUCAACCCGAAUUGGCGGGAGAAACGCCUCGGCACCGUCUGACCAAGGAGCCAGAGGAGAAUCCCGAAUUCUUGAUUCUCGAGGUCGAGACACCCGGACUGCUGCGUCUGCAUGCUCGGCCCAACGUCUAUUUCUUGCAUCUGGACUUACCAACGCCCGUCAUUGCUACCGAAGUCUCGGCACAGUUUAACAGGCGGACGGCCACCCUCACCGUCGUGAUGCCCGUUGCAAAGAGCAAUUCCUAA